CAGAGCGCAGCACACUCUCACACACACUCACACACACACACCCAGAAGCAGUCAGUCUCUCUCAAUCCGUCAUGGUGACCACGGAGCCCCACCAGAGCCAGGACCUGCUCCCCCCCCCCAGCCUGGAGCUGCUGGACUCCCCCGGUCCCCUGGCCGGGCUGAGUCCCCCCUCGGACCCCGAGGCCCUGGGUCAGGGUCCGGUGAAUGCCAUCACCGUCCUCACGCUGCUGGACAAACUGGUCAACAUGCUGGACGCCGUGCAGGAGAACCAGAACAAGAUGGAGGUGCACCAGGUGGAGAUGGAGGGUGUGGUGCGGGGGAUCCAGGCUGAUAUGACGAAACUGUCAAAGAGCCACAGCCACACGUCCAACACCGUCAGCAAGCUGCUGGACAAGAGCCGCAAGCUGUCCGUCACCAUGAAGGAGGUGAGGGAUAAGAUGGAGCGUCAGGGUGUGCAGGUGAGGAAGCUGGAGGCUAACCACGCCCACCUGGUGAACAGGAACCAAUUCAAGGUGCUCAUCUUCCAG